CGAAUGAGCAUCAGUCUAGGAGCUUUUGUUUUUCCUCAUAUUACAAGCGACGCUAAUCAAAUUUAUUCAACACGAGUUCAAAUUGCAGAACAACGUGCAGGUACCUCGUAUUAAUUAUGGAGCUCGUACUUUAUUACGUUUUAUCCUUUUGUAUGUUUUCCACUAUUUGUCUAUCAUGGCCGUUAGCAAGCACGGACGUUGAUAAUGGAAUAAAUCCCGAAAUCAACUUCAAUCAGACGCUAGUAAAGUAUAAUUUAACAGCAUUCCGCGGCCUGCUAAUCCAGGUAAAGUUAUUUGAGAAACUGAUGGAUACCAGGGUAAGCUAUACUGUAUUUGCACCGACAAACGAGGCGAUUGCAAACGCAAAAUCCUUGCUUGCGAAUGCCACUCGGCUGCCCGAAGUCAUGAUGUACCACAUCCAUGCUGGUUCUUUCAAAACAAGCAACAUACACUCGGACAUGCGAUUAGAAACACUCCUUGGAAAACAAAAGAAAAUUAGGCUCGAGAGAUACAACGGGUUGUUCUAUGGAUCAUGUCAACAGUUUGGCAAAGUGUUAGACUGGACCUACGACAGUGGCCUAUUAAAUACAAUGAAUGGAGUGAUGAACCCACCCGAGGGAAACUUUUAUGAUAUCUUGAAAGCAACAGCCGCAUAUUCCUCGUUUCUCAGCUAUGUAAACACGGGAGGCUUGCAGGAUUUAAUGAAUCUACAAUCGCCCAUGACUUUGCUACUUCCAAACAAUGCUGCUUUUGCUAAACUGCCUACAAGUGUGAAGGAAAAAAUGCAGAGCAGCUAUCAGUUUACACGCCACGUUCUUCAAUAUCAUGUCGUAACUGAGAUUGUCUGUGCAAGUGUUUUCGACACUGGUACCGUGCCGACUUACGAAGGAAGCAAUAUCGAAGUUAACGUGAGCGGAAACAAGGUUGUGUUCAACGGCAAGGCAGCGUUGAUUCAAGCGGAUACCAUUGCCUAUAACGGUGUGAUUCAAGUCAUCGAUACAGUUCUCCUACCUCCUUCGGACUUGGUUUAACUGUAAACUGCAGCUGGUCAGUGAACUUUGUUUAGUGAUGUUGUCAGAAGCUUUGGAAGCUUUCAAGAGUUGUGUGUAUUUUUAUUCGCCAUAUCAUAAUGCAAGAAACUUUGAGAAGUAAUGAGAUUGUUUUAUUAUAGUUAUUUUUCUUUUUCCGUGCAAAAAUUACAAAAAUCCUCCAAAA